UCGAGAUCUGAUGUGUUUUGGUAAAUAUACAGAAAUAUCAAGCAAUGCGGGCGGUUAUACAAAGGGUUAAGGCCGCCAAAGUAACGGUCCUGGAUGAGUUGGUGUCUUCCAUUGGUCCGGGCCUGUGCGUUCUUGUGGGAAUUAAGGCCAGUGAUACUGCGAAAGAUGUUGAAUAUCUAGUUCGAAAAAUCCUGGCCCUUCGUUUGUUCGAAGAAAAUGAUAAACGUUGGCAAAAGUCCGUUAAGGAGCUUAACCUGGAGCUGCUCUGCGUUUCUCAGUUCACAUUGUAUCACCGACUGAAGGGCAACAAGCCUGAUUUCUCAGCUGCCAUGAAAGGCGAGGAGGCCCAGAAGCUGUAUAAUCUCUUCCUGGACAGAUUGGGUCAAUCAUACGAUACCAGCAAGAUUAAAGAUGGCAAGUUUGGUGCCUACAUGCAGGUGCACAUAGAAAACGAUGGACCCGUUACCAUCAAUUUGGAGUCUCCGGACCAAAAAGAAACCGACGCAGAAGUAGACAAGUAAUGAGCAAAUAUAUAAAGACAAUAUCUA